AUGAGUGGCUCGGCUCUGAGCUUCACCAUAUUCCCAGGAAGCAUCCUUGGGUUCCUCCAAAUAGCCACUGUGCUCAGCCUGCUCCUGCUGCUCUUCAAGACAGCCCAGUUCUACCUGCACAGGCGAUGGUUACUCAGAGCUACCCAGCAGUUCCCAUCCCCACCUUCUCACUGGUUCUUUGGGCAUAAGCUGAGCUUCUUGGUGGACCAGGAGUUUCAAGAUAUUCUAACACGGGUAAAGAAUUUCCCAAGUGCCUGUCCACAGUGGCUCUGGGGGAGCAAUGUGCGAAUCCAAGUGUAUGACCCUGACUACAUGAAGCUGAUUCUGGGGAGAUCAGACCCAAAAUCCCAUCGUUCGUACAGAUUUCUAGCUCCCUGGAUUGGGUAUGGUUUGCUUCUGCUGAAUGGACAGACAUGGUUCCAGCACCGACGAAUGUUGACUCCAGCUUUCCACUAUGACACUCUGAAACCUUAUGUGGGCAUCAUGGCAGACUCUGUUCGUAUAAUGCUGGAUAAAUGGGAACAGAUUGUUGGACAGGAUUCCACCCUGGAGAUCUUCCAACACAUCACCCUGAUGACCUUGGACACCAUCAUGAAGUGUGCCUUCAGUCAAGAGAGCAGUGUCCAGUUGGACAGAAAAUACAAGUCCUACAUCAAGGCAGUUGGGGACCUGAACUACCUCUCUUUUUUCCGUAUACGGAACAUCUUUCACCAGAAUGACAUCAUCUAUAGUCUGACCUCUAAUGGCCGCAAGGCCCGCAGUGCCUGGCAACUUGCCCAUGAUUACACAGACCAAGUGAUCAAAUCAAGGAAGGCUCAACUUCAGGACGAGGAAGAGUUGGAAAAGGUUAAGCAGAAAAGACGAUUGGAUUUCCUGGACAUCCUUCUGUUUGCCAGAAUAGAAAAUGGAAGCAGCUUAUCUGAUAAGGACCUGCGUGCUGAAGUGGAUACCUUCAUGUUCGAGGGCCAUGACACCACAGCUAGCGGUAUCUCUUGGAUCUUCUAUGCUUUGGCCACAAAUCCUGAACACCAGCAGAGAUGCAGGAAGGAGAUCCAGAGUCUCCUAGGAGAUGGAGCUUCUAUCACCUGGGACGACCUGGACAAGAUGCCCUAUACCACCAUGUGCAUCAAGGAGGCUCUGAGGAUCUACCCACCUGUACCAUCUGUGAGCAGAAUGCUCAGCACACCUGUCACCUUCCCGGAUGGACGCUCUUUACCCAAAGGUAUCACAGUCAUGCUCUACAUUUAUGGCCUUCAUCACAACCCAACUGUGUGGCCAAAUCCAGAGGUGUUUGACCCUUAUCGAUUUGCACCAGAGUCUUCCCGACACAGCCACUCAUUCCUGCCCUUCUCAGGAGGAGCAAGGAACUGCAUUGGGAAACAGUUUGCCAUGAAUGAACUGAAGGUGGCCGUGGCCCUGACCCUGCUCCGCUUUGAGCUGCUGCCAGAUCCCACCAGGAUCCCAAUCCCCAUACCAAGACUUGUGUUGAAGUCCAAGAAUGGGAUCUACCUGCGUCUCAAAAAGCUCCAAUAA